UGAACGCCGAUUACCUAACUAGGUAGGGAAGUGACAUGGACGGAAAACAAUGCAUUUUAUCUUACUUCACUGCAGGCGAGGAUCAACUCACUUCUGUCAACUGUUCUGAUAUAUUGCGAAAUACCAGAGCUUAUAUUGAGCUGGCCUAGUUAUACAUUAGUACGUACCUAUACAACGGGAAAGUGAUCCCUGGUUGUAUCUCUCGACCCAAUUCAGUUCUACACCGAUACUGGACCCAACAGUUUACAAUAUGAAUUACGACUGGAUCCUAGACGGCGGCUACCUGCCGCACGCCGUGAUCCGUGCCGGCAUCAGGCGCCAGCUGGCGGCGCGCAUCGCCAUGUCGACCAGCACGUCGCUCGAGGCCGACUACGAGCGCAAGAUGCGCUACAUCGAGCUGCUUCGGACGCGGCCCAUCGCCGUGGAGACGGCGGCGGCCAACUCGCAGCACUAUGAGGUGGGCACCGGUGUGCUGGCCGCCUGCCUGGGCCCGCGCAUGAAGUACUCGGCUUGCCUAUACCCAAAGGGCGGCGAGACCCUCGCGCAGGCAGAGGUUGCCAUGCUGAGGACGUACCUCGAAAAGGCCCAGCUCGAGGACGGCAUGGACAUUCUCGACCUCGGGUGCGGCUGGGGCUCCGGGGCCCUCUUCUUCGCCGAGAUGCUGCCCGGCGCGAGGAUCACAGCCUUUUCCAACUCAAAGACCCAGAAGGAGUAUAUAGACUCCAAGGCGCAGGAGAAGAGUCUCACAAACUUGAAGGUCAUCACGGGCAAUAUCGCCGAUUAUGAGUUUGAACAGAACACUUUUGACCGGGUGGUGUCCAUCGAGAUGUUUGAGCACAUGAAGAACUAUGAGUUGCUGAUGGCCAAGGUCUCUCGAGCCCUCAGGCCAGGUGGAAAGUUAUUUGUCCACAUUUUUGCACACAGAGAUAGCCCCUAUGACUUUGAGGAGGGUUGGAUGUCCACGCACUUCUUUACUGGUGGUACCAUGCCAUCGACCGAUCUGCUUCUAUACUUCCAGCGCGAGAUGAAGAUCGAGAAACAGUGGUGGAUAAAUGGCAAACACUAUUCGAAAACCUGCGAGGACUGGCUGGCCAAGAUGAUCAAGAACAAGAAGGAGAUAUGGCCCCACCUCGUCGAAACGUACGGAGAGGCAGAUGCCACGACUUGGUAUAACCGGUGGCAGAUCUUCUACAUGGCAUGCUCAGAGCUAUUCAACUAUGAGAACGGAGAUACGUGGGGAGUAGCGCACUACCUGUUUGAGAACAUGAAGCCUGCAGAGGCUAAGAAGGCGGCGGAACAGGAGUAGUAGCACGGCAUCAAGGUCGAGCACUGCAGAAUUAAUAAGGAUGGAAAAUGAUUUAAUAAGGAUGGAAAAUGAAAAGGAACCUUGGAUUGGAUUUGCCCUACUGAGCGGACAACCUAUCUAUACAUAUGUGCAACGUCAUCUGUGCCGUGCCAUAUCUCGCCCUCCCUAACAGCCUCCAUGUGCAACCUUGUCGCGGGAGAGUUGGUGCCGUAAUGCUAGUGUGCUUUUCCUCCAUGCGUUCCCAUCUAGUGAUCCCAAGGGUGCUUCCAGC